AUGCUUGCAGGUCAACUGCAAAGUUUAUUUCUGCAUGAAAUUGGAGUUCAUGAUGUUCUACAAACCAUUACAGGAAACUAUGAUCCACUACGCUUAGAGAAUACAGCAUCGUCAGAUUAUCUUUUGCAAAUGAGCAAUCAAUCAAAAAAUUCUUCAAGUCUUCGUUUACGUGACUUAUGGAUACUUCAGUUAGGUAAUAUAAAAAUGAAAGGUUCUGAAUAUUUUUUACUAUAUUUUGCUCCAGGAAGCUACAACGUAGAUUUACUUGAAAGAAAGAAGACGAAUACCUAA